GAGCACAGGUGUGCAGCCCUACGGGAGGGCGAGGCGGGCAAGACAGUGUCGCCGGAGGUCUCUCCUGGGGGGAGUACCUCCAGGGACAGUCUUCCCACUGUGGCCCCAGUGGGCACCUGCUCAGGUGAGCCCACAGGCGGGAGCUGGGGUGCUGCUCAGACACUCCACCCGGACCAUAAAGCUCUCCUGUUUUACCGCUGCGUGUGUGUGUUCAUCUGCCUGCGCCUGCUCCAGAGCCGCCUGCGGGCCCAAGCCCCCUUCGCCCAGGUUGCAGGGGGUUGGCAGAAAAGCCCUGAGCACCCUCCCUUCAGGCCAAAGCCCUUUUACCCAAGGGGCAGUUGCCUCUGGGACAGGAAGUGGCCCAGUAGCGCUGGCCCCUGAUGGUGUGAGGAGGAUCCUACCUCAGGUUCCCCAGCUCAGCCAACAGCCAGCCCGUGGUGUCGGGGGUGGAGCAGUGUGGCCACACCCGGGGGGCCCAGCCCUUCAAGACACCUGUCUGCACGCUACAGGGCCUCCUGGACAGCCACCUGCAUCUCUUGGGCCCCUGCCCCCUCCAGCCCCCAGUUCCACCAGCCCCACAGCCACUGCUGCCAGGAGAAGGGGGCGUGGGGUGCUGCUGGGCCCCCUCCCUCCUAGGUCUGCCCCUGGGUUCCUGUGUUGGGGGAGCUGUGCCCCUGGGCGGGUGCUGGGGGCUAAACCCUUCAGUCUACAGUCUGCAGCCAGUGCACCCAGGGCUGCCUUUUGGGGUCAACAUUAAGUGAACUUGCCCAGGACCCCACAGGGAGCAGCAGUGCCAGGGUCUCCGUGGACCCUGCAUUGAACGGGAUGCAGCAUGGGGCAGGUCUCCCCUUCAGGGCAAGGGCAUCUGUGACAAUCGCCCCUCUGCCAAGCUGGGCUGUGCCAAGGCCCAGCACCUUGGGGAGGGGGCUGGCAGGGUUGGGGCGAGGAUGUCUCUGGGCAGGUUAUGAGUGGGCCACAUGACAGCCCAUGCUGGCUUCACCCAGGAGGGGCUGGGUUCCUGGGGACACAGGAGUCUGCAGGCCCCACUCGGGCCAUCUGGCCCCAAGUACCUGACACGAUUUUGGCAUCUCUGGUGCUGAAGUGGAUAGGGCCUGGGGAGAGGCCAGUGGGCAGGGAGUAGCCCAUCUGCUCCUGCCUGAGCCCAGCGGGCCCAGGCCAGGGCUUGGCUCCUUCAGUGCCCUGCCAGGCUGCCAGCUGCCCAGGCAGGUAGCCUGGGGGCUGGGCUGGGGGACUGGCAGGCUGCUCCUGGGGCUCGAGUCCCUUGCUUGCACCCUGAGAUCUGUGCUGGGGAUGCCGCAGGGACCCCGCACUGCACAGCACCAAGUCGGAGCCAGUGAGGAUCACGAUAUCCCGGCCCCACUACAGCCCCCAUCGGGCGCGGCCCCUUUAAGUGUGGCUCCCCUAGCUGCCACUGGGGGCAGCACUGAGCAGCCAGGCCGGCGCAGCUGCCUCGAAGCUUCUGCCGGUGCCGGGGACGCAGCGGCGCCGCGCCGGGGACACAAGACCAGGCGUGGGGGUGGCACAGCCCACCGGGGCACAGUCGGCAGAGCAGCACCCAGGUGCUCCCGACGCCGGCAUGGAGCGAGCGCCCCAAACCGUGGCCAAGGCUGGCAGCCGGGGCUGUUCCGCCCGCUGCGCCCCAGGGCAAAAGCCCCGCAAGGCCGAGUGAGCUGGAGCCGCCAGCCUGGGGACCUCUUUUAAGAUGACCCGUACGGACCCGCCGGACCUGCUGGUGUCGACCGUGUACCAGGACAUCAAGGUGGCGGCCCCGGGGCCCGCGUCCAGGCGCCCGCCAUGUGAGCGGCCGGUGGCCCGGCCCGCCGCGCCCGCGCCCGCGCCCGCGCCUUUCAACAAGCGGCACUGCCGAAGCUUCGACUUCCUGGAGGCGCUGGACGGGCCGGCCAUGGAGGCGCGCCCCUCCCCCCCACCCACCGCCGCGGAGCCCGCCGCGCCGCGUGCCCGCCCGCGACGGCGACCCCGCCGCGCCCGCUCCAAGAGCGCGCCCCGCGGGGCCCGAGCCUGGCGCCCGCGCCGCCUCGCCGCCGGUGCUGCCGCGCGAGGCCGAGAGGCCCAGCGCGAGAAGCGGGCCGAGGAUCGCCACGCCGAGCGCGUACCCGCGCUGCGCGCGCUCGCCAACGAGCUGCACCCCAUCAAGCUGCAGCCGCAGGCGGGCGGCACCGGCCGCAUCGCGCCCCUGUGCGCCGCCACCGGCCGCUGUGCGCCGCCUGAACACCCCCGGGGCCCCCCCCACGUCCGCUGCCGCCUGGACAUAUCAGCGCGGAACGACGCGGUGCUGCAGCACGCCGCCGGGGCUCGCGGCCCUGCGCCCACCGAGGCGGCGCCCUGGGCCCCGACUGUCCCACAGCUCCACGGCCUCACGGUGCCCGGCCGCGGCCACGUGGCGCUGUCCCGCACCCCACACCCGAGCGAUCACUGUGCGGACCCCCGAGCGCUGUACUGCGACGGGCCUCUGCCCGGGCCGCGGGACUAUGCGGAGCGGCCGCACUCUGCACUUCAGCGCCCCGCCGGGCCCACCCAAUUCUUCUACACCGAGGAUGCGAGGGCUACUCAGGGCGGCUUUACAGCCAGCCCGGGCCCCCCCGACGGCUACUGUCCCCACCUACCGUCCGAGGAGCCCCUGGGACCCAGCCCAAGACGUGGGGGCGGCUAUUAUGCAGAAGAAGUUCGCACCUUUCCGAUCCAGGAACCGCCCUCCCGCUCCUACUACGGGGGCACCCGAGCCUAUGGCCUGCCUUUCGGCCCCACUUUGCCCACAUUGGCCCCCAGGAGCCCCCGGCCCACCCCUGCCACCCGCCUUUAUACAGAGGACUUUGGGCGGUACCGCGAGCGCGACGCCCUGGCUCGGACUUACCCGUACCACGCGAGCAGCCAGUCCUGGGCUGACUGGGGCCCGCGGCCUUACCGCACCCUGCAAGUGGCGCCCCCACGACCCCGGCCAUUGCUCGCCUCAUGGCACGGCGGCACCGGUACCAGCCCUCCCCGACUGGCCAGCGACAGCCGCCACUACUCGCGUUCUUGGGACAACAUUCUGGCCCCCGGGCCGCCGGAAGACCCCCUGGGGCUGGGCCGCAGCUAUGAGAACCUGCUGGGGCGCGAGGUGCGGGAGCCCAGGGGCGCGUCCCCCGAAGGCCGCGCCCGCCCCAUCGUCGUGAACCUGUCCACCUCGCCCAGGCGCUACGCCGCUCUGUCCCUGUCCGAGACGUCGCUGUCAGAAAAAGGCCGCGGGGGCGAGGCCUGAGCCGCAACGUACGUCACGCCCGAAAUCACCAUCCACGAAGACUGCGCGCCCGCUGAGCGCCCCACCGCCAGGGGCUGGGAGCUGCCCGGAGGCCCGCGGCCGCAUCCGCCCGCCGCCCCCGCCGGCCCACCUCUGGCCCGCCAGCGCAGCCUGGAGCAGCUGGACGAACUCAUCACAGACCUGGUCAUCGAAUCUCGGCCCGCGGCCGGCCAGGCCCGGAGCCCCGUGACCGACGGCCUGGGCCCCCAGCUUCGCGCCUGCUGGACUCGCGGCCCGCGGGGCCCAGGCUCCCUCGCUGGCGCCGCACGCUCGCCCCCAGCCUCAGCCGGCAGCGCUGAGGGCCUGCGGGCGCGGGGAGACUGGCCGAGGUCGUCUCCGAGCUCAGCGCAGAACGAGGACGACCUGAUGACGUGCUCCAACGCGCGCUGCCGGCGCACCGAGACCAUGUUCAACGCCUGCCUCUACUUCAAGUCGUGCCACAGCUGCUUACACCUACUACUGCUCUCCGCCUGUGCCGCCGCGAGGAUGGACUGGGACGCGCACAAGGCGCGCUGCGUGUACGGCCUGGGUAGCGUGUGCCGGCCACGUGCUGCGUUCUGCCGCGACAGCGGCCCGAUGCACCGCGCCUUCUCGCGCAUAGCGCGCGUCGGCUUCUUGUCGCCCGCGGUGCUCUUCCUGGGCUUCCGAGCCCGGGCUCCGCCGGACAACUUCCUGCGCUUCUGGCCUCGAGGGGCUGCUGCUGUGGCCACCUACCUGUCACUGCGGGAGCUGGCACACGCGGCGCCCCUGGGCAGCUACGCGCGCGAGCUGGCGGCCGCUGGGCGCCUCUAUGAGCCGGCCGAAUGGUUCCUGCUCGAGUUGUCGGUGGCCGUGGGUCCGGCGCCGGCGCCCCCAGGGACCCCCGCGCGGCUCGCCCGCCACGCAGCUCCGGGCCCCGUGCGCAAGUUCGCCAAGGUGGCACUGGCGGCCGGCCAGCGGCGCGUCCGCCCCCGGCGCAGCGGCCGCGAGAGCCCGGACAUGGAGACGCUGAUCCUGACUCCGCCGCGCACGGCCGGCCUGGACCAGAGGCGGGCGGGCCGGCGCGCUCCGAGAGGUGGCUUUCAUUCCACAUCCGCCGAGCUGCGCUGCGCGGCGUCUAUCCUGCGCCACGAGUUCGCGCGUUACGAGCAGCUCUGCGGAGUUCGUCGAGGCAACCGGCGCUUCCCACGCCGCCACCACAGUCGUACCCCAACUGACCGGCGCACCGGCACGCCCGCGUCAUGUGCACAGAUCAUGGCUGCUGCCGAGCCGCGCAGCGCUCGGACUAGGUGGCAGCGCCAACUGCGGACGCAUCAUCUCAAACCCGCCGCGCCCGGCUUAGCCGCCUGCUCCCGCUGUCGCGGCGGCGGCAGACGUGCACUGGGAGAGCGCCACGGUAUGCCUGGCGGCGGAGUCGCUUACUGCACAGACACCAACCUGCACAGAUCGGCUACGCGGAAGCUCUCGCUGGAGCCUCCACAUCACCCCAGCUACCGGUGCCGCCUGGACCUUCCAGGGCCGUGCGUCCGCCACCCGCCACGCGUCCCGCUUGUCCCACCCGCCUACGCGGCACCUCCGGUGUCUGCCCCGCACGCCCCCGCCUCCGGGGCCUCCGCAAUUCGCCCCACGUACGGCCGGCUGAAAGCCCCUGGACAGGAUAUUGUCCCAUGGGCGGAGCGCUUCCGAACCAAGUAA